AUGGCAGCACUGGUAAACCUUCUUAUCCAAGUCACUGCCACGACAGGUUCUCAGAUCAACGAGAAGGAUCAAGUGCCAAAAUGGGAUGGUCACGUAUCCAGCGGGUGUGCUGGCAGGGGUUUAGCUUCAAGAUCUCCAACAUGGAAGGAACAGUUUUAUCUGGUAGCACACAGGUGUUCCAUCAAGUUUGUACCUGUGGAAGGUCCUUUUUGCACAUAGCUGCAUUCAGCAAACACCAGAAAAUGUGCCUCAAAGGCAAAAAGCGACUCUCUAGUGUACUCUCUAGGGCAAAAGAAGCUUUUCAGCAGAAAAAAAGGCGUACACUAGAGAACAAUGAUCCAUCAAGACAAUUUCACAAUGAUGUUAGCGGGCCUCAUAUGGACGUGGACUCCAGCAAUCAAGAAGGGUUGACUGGAAAUUCGGAGUCUCAAACUGCUGCGAUGGAUCCCAAUAUGGCUUUUGUUGCAGAGGUAGAUGACCGGCCUUUGGCACAGCGUCGAUCUCGCAGGCUUGACCGUCGCCUUCCUCAACAAUUCAAAGAUUUUUUACCAGAACCACUGUCCCCCCUUCCUCCUCAUUCCGUCAUCACCUCUCCCUUGGAAGACAACAACAAAUCUCAUGCUAAUCAGGCCUCAAUGUCGGAUUCUGAUAGUGCCCUUUUAUCUGACUCAACCCCCAGUUCUUGUCCCCAGUCUUUUGGAAGUCCAGACUUUCAACCUGAAGAUGUUUGCAAUGUUAACUGGCGUAAUAUUAACAAGAAACUUGGGACAACUGACCUUGACAGGGAUGAGAGUUGGCUAGAGGAAGAUGCUGGAUGGCAGAAGACUCCAGUAACUAUCACUGUUCCCUUCCAUACCAGGUCUCAAAAUCCCGGGCCCUGCGAACGUCGUGUAGUGGACUUGUAUCACCGCUCUCUUGUGUCCUUGAUCCGUGAAAAGCUUGCGAACCCACAGGAUGAUCGUCAUUUUCACCACGAGCCGUACCAACUAUUGUGGUGUCCACCUCAUCAGUCUGGCGAAAGCCAUGUAUACGGUGAGCUAUACACCUCGGAUGCAUUUUUAGAGGCCCAUAAAGAUCCGCAAAAUUCACCUCCAGAGCCUAGCUGCAGCUUGCCACGUGUUGUCGCAGCACUUAUGCUAUGGUUGGAUGCUACACAUUUAACCUCCUUUGGCAACUCAAAGCUAUGGCCUCUCCACGUGUAUUUUGGUAAUGAAUCAAAGUAUCGGCACUCCAAGCCUUCAUGUAAUCUCUGCAAUCAUGCAGCCUACUUCGAGAGGCUGCCUGAUGAAUUCAAAGAUUUUGCCACCAAACAUGUGGGCAACAAGCUGAGCGACGCCUUUUUUACACAUUGUCACCGUGAGCUAUUUCAUGCUCAAUGGAAUGUUCUUCUUGAUGAAGAAUUUUUUGAAGCAUACAAACAUGGUAUUGUCAUCAUGUGUUGUGAUGGGGUGUUGCGAUGUUUCUAUCCACGCAUCUUCACAUACUCUGCAGACUAUCCAGAGAAGGUACCUACUCUAAAUGCAUUCUCAAACAAGCUUGGUCCAUUUGGGUUCAAUGUGUAUUCCAUUCUUGUUGUUGACCUCAUGCACGAGUUCGAACUUGGGGUAUGGAAAUCCAUUUUCAUACAUCUGCUAAAGAUCCUUGAAUGUGUGAAUACUUGCCCCGUCGAUACAUUGGAUAUGCGUAACUCUGAGAUGAAAAAGAUGGCGGCUCACAAUUUUGAGGAUUUUUUGCAGUGCGCAAUCCCUGUGUUUGAAGGCCUACUACCAGAGCCAUAUAACACAGUAAUCCUUCAUUUGCUGUUUUGUCUUGUUCACUGGCAUUCUCUUGCCAAAUUACGGAUGUAUACUGACUACACGAUCACCAUUCUAGAAAAAGCAACCAAAGUCUUUGGGGAGGGACUACGCAAGUUUGCCAGUGAAACAUGCCCUGCAUUCUGCACUCGAGAACUUCAGCGAGAAGCUAAUGCUCAACAGUGCCGCCAGAUCCAGGAAGCAUCAAAUAACAAAUCUUCCAAUGCUGCAACCGCCAGCAAUGCUGUCCCAGAUACUAGAUGUCGGCCCAAAACUUUCAACCUACGAACUUACAAACUUCAUGCCCUUGGAGAUUACCCUGCUCAAAUCCGGCGUUUUGGCACUACAAAUGUGUACUCUACAGAGCCAAACAUUGCAUGGGGAAGUCUUGAUAUACCAGGACUAGUUGAGUAUAUCAAACAACUCACAACAAACCUUCAGUCUGGCAUGGUGGACACCUCUAUAUCGGCCGAUCUGCUCCGAUAUAGUGCCAGCACAAUGCUGGGGCAUAUUGUCUUCAAGAAUGACCGUAUAAACAACCAUAAGAUCCUCCGCAUCAACUACACGACCUACAACAUUCAGCAAGCCCAAGACGUAAUCAAUCCUCAAACAAACUAUUGCAAUAUUAUGUUGCUGGCUUACCCCGACUCUAGCUCAUCAUCAGCACACCCCUUUUUGUAUGCUCAAGUCAUAGGGAUCUACCAUGCAAAUGUAAUUUCCAUUGAUUCUACCAACAUUGACUAUCGACCCAGACGGAUAGAAUUUUUAUGGGUGAGGUGGUAUGAGCUUCAAGCUUGUGAGCCCCAUCAACUUGCUACAUUGUGCUUUGUUCCUAUGGCCGACAAUGAUGUGUUUGGCUUUGUUGAUCCCACCGAUGUGCUUCGUGCUUGUCAUCUUAUCCCUGCCUUUGCCAGGGACAAAUCAUGCCCGGAUGGUGUUGGUUUGUCAAGAUGCGCGCGAGAUGGUCAAGACUCAAAAUUAUAUUAUAUCAACAGGGUCUUGCCGUUGGACACAUUUACACUCAGGGUAUUUUUAUCCGGUCAUCACAGGCUACUGACAUGCCGGGCAUGGAAUGUCAUCCACAUACUCAGAGCACCUCCACGUAUCAUUCACAGGAUUGUCCCUCCUAAAACCUGUUUCAAUGAUUCUGGCAUGGCUGACAAAAAUAUUGAUGAUGAGGAUCCAGAACUGAGCUUAGCAAAUUGCAAAAGGGAAGGUUGGGACUUGGACGACUUGAACGAUACAGCAGCAGGGGAGGAUGCUGAAGACAAUAUGCUGGCACAUGAUUUGGAGAUGUUUGAGAUCUGGCUGAUCCUCAAGGAUGGAGAUCAGCGUAUUUGUUCCUGCAUUGCUGGAUUCAAGCACAUGGGUGUGACUUUCUAUCAUGUUCAAGGCAGCCCAACAAACUGGCAUAAUUUCGAGUUUUUGUUUCACCAAAAUGCAAAAGGUGAUAGGGUUAGUCAGCUCAGGCUGAGGUUUUUAGGUGGUUGGACUAACUGCGCAUUACGGAGCCAAGUAACAGGCCUUUCUCGGGUCCCCGAAUUCACAAGUAUCAUUUUCAAGCACAGCCCAGACCUUCAAGAUAAUAGAAUCUAUCAAGCUCAAAUUGUAAUUGCUAGUAUGCAGCCUCAAUUUCUCAAACUGGAUAGCUUCGGAUGGUUUCAGAUUUGUGGACCAACCAAGCUCUUUGAGUCGCACAUCUUGGACGAAUACUACUACUCAAAAAUGCAGCAGGCGACUGAGCACAUUGGAAUUGGAUCCUCAAAAAAAAGUAGCCUUAUUGAAAAUGCCAUUGAAAGGAUCGCAUCAGAUGAACCUGACGAGAACUUAACUGCAGAAGACAGGGCGGAACAGCGUAUAUUCAAAGGAUUGUUGAAGCUUGUUCCAAGCCUGGAGAGGCGUCUGAUGGCUACGGAAACUACAGAAGAAGAUAUCAUUGUGAUUGCAGAUAUGAUCCAGAAAGGCGCAAAUGGGGCCAGGUCUGAUGACACCAAAGGUCUCAAGUCUGCUGUAAUUGACUGGAUUACCCCCAAAGGACAGACUCUUUCACCUCACAUACAUCGCAAUGUAAAAGCAAACCAUGAACGAACCGGGUUUCUCCUUUGUCCUGCAGGAUUGGAUUGGUCUGAUGAAAACACCAAGACAAAAUUAAUGACUGGGCAGAUUCAAGUUCUGGGUGACCAGUGGCCUAUUAUGCUUUAUGCAAACUACUCUUACAACGCAGAAGACUCCUGGAAUGGCUUGCUCAGAAGCAGUCUUCUUGUCAAUGCUUUCAAACACAUAUUCACAUCAUGUUCUGGAAACGCACGUAUACACGUCACCAACUCCGAACGGUUCUACAACAGUAUCCUUGUCUUGCUGGAAUAUCCCAAAGAGAAGGAAGAAGUCGAUCAACUGUUGGCGUGGUGGAACAGGCAAAUUUUCCCGGUCUAUGCAACUCCCGAAUGUUUGGCAUCCAAGGACAGCGCGUUGGCAAGGAUUAGAGAAAGGUGGGAAGCUUUGAAGAGGUCUCAAAAUGGAGAGGGAUCUCAUACCACAUUUGAUUGA